AUGGAAGGCGGCGACAAGUUCACCUACUCGAACAAGUUCGGGGGCACAUGGUAUUGGGACGACGAGGACCCGUUCAAUAACAACGCUCAGGCGCAGACGUACACGCCUCCGCUCAACGAGUCGUUCAAGUACGGCGAGGACAAGAUAUUCGGUGUCAACAUCGGCGGUUGGCUCGUCCCUGAGCCUUUCAUCGCUCCGUCUCUAUACGAGCCAUAUGUCAACAACACUACCCCCGCGGUCGACGAGUGGACGCUCUGCGAGAACAUGCGGAAUUCCGACGGCGGCAUUGAUCUUCUGGAAGAGCAUUACAAGACCUUCAUCACCGAGAAGGACUUCGCUGAGAUUGCAGGUGCCGGUCUGAACCAUGUUCGUAUCCCCAUCGGUUACUACGCCAUCGAGACUCGUGGGGAUGAGCCCUUCCUUGCGAAAACGUCCUGGAAAUACUUCCUCAAGGCAAUCAACUGGGCAAGGAAGUACGGCUUGCGCAUUAACUUGGACCUCCACGUAUUGCCAGGGAGUCAGAAUGGCUGGAAUCAUUCUGGCAGACUCGGAGACAUCAACAUGCUUCUCGGGCCUAUGGGCUUGGCCAACGCCCAGCGUUCCCUCGACUACAUCCGGAUCAUCGCCGAGUUUAUUUCUCAGGACCAGUACAAGGACGUUAUCACCAUGUUCGGCGUCACGAACGAGCCGCGCGGUCCUAUGAUAGGCCAGGACCAGCUGGAAUCCUACUACUACCAGGCCUACCAGAUCGUUCGCGAGGCUAGUGGCACUGGCGAAGGCAAGGGCCCGUACAUCAGCUUGCACGACGGCUUCAUGGGCCUCCCGCAAUGGGAAGGCUUCAUGGAAGGCGCCGACCGUGUCCAGCUUGACUGGCACCCGUACAUCGCCUUCAACGACCAGUCGGACGCGCCGAUGUCGAGCUAUGCCGGCAGGCCCUGCGACACAUGGGGCAAGCCUAUCAACCAGUCGAUGUCUGCAUUCGGUAUCACGGCCGCUGGCGAGUUCAGCAACGGUGUCACGGACUGCGGUUGGUGGCUCAAUGGUGUGGAGGACGGUGUUCGGUAUGAGGGCACGUACAAGGAGGGCAACUUCCCUCGUGUCGGGUCGUGCGACGACUGGAUCAACUAUGAUACGUGGGAUGAUGACAUGAAGGCGUCGGUGAAGCAGUUCGCGAUGGAGAGUAUGGAUGCGAUGCAGAACUGGUUCUUCUGGACGUGGAAGAUCGGCGAGUCGAAGACGCUCGGCAAGGUCGGCUCCCCAGCCUGGUCAUACUCCCUCGGUCUCGAUCAGGGUUGGAUGCCCACGGACCCGCGAACGGCAUACGGCUCCUGCGGUAACCCAGCUCCUUGGGACGGCGAGCUCAAGGCAUGGCAAACAGGCGGCUCAGGCGCCGGCUCGCUCGCGUCCACGGUUGCCUGGCCGCCCUCGACGAUCAGCCACGGCGGCGCACCAGACGAGCUGCCGACGUAUACGCCGACGGGCUCGCUUGUGACGCUGCCGGGCCCGACAUUUACCAGCGCGCCCUCGGUGAAGGUGGGCAGCGGGUGGAACAACAAUGAUGACCAGACUGGCAUGAUGACGGACGCCGCGGGCUGCUCGUAUCUCGACCCGUGGGUAGGCACGACCGCCGCGCCGCCAUCGCCCCUCUGCACAUCAUAG